GGGUCCUAAAGCUGACUGUUGCUAGGCUACUAGCCUAGGCUAGCCUCUCUGAACGCAUUGAUUUCCGUCUUGUAUCUUUUGUUAUGACUUUUAUUUUGUCACGUUAUCAAUCCAAGUGUCAUUCAGUUUUGCUCCAAGUAACCGAACAUGCGUUUCGUGGUAAAACGUUGCGGGGUGUGCUUUAGUCCACCGUCCAUAGUGUUGAUUUAUGAAAACAAGGAAAAUAAAGUGCGAAAACGAGUCAUACCGGUGCGACACUUCUAUCGAUAUUCUAAUUGCAGCCUUGCUGCUGAAAGCCUUAAAAACCACCCCCGGCACAAAGACUACCUGGAAAGUGUGUCCCAGAUUCAGCUGGAGAGGCUCUACGUCAUCCUGCGGGAUCACCUGCAGGGAUUCACGCUGGAGCACAGCCUGGCCUCGCUUCAAGUAGACCCCGACGAAGACAUGAACAAACUGGGCGACGAGGAGCUUGCUCGCAAGAAAAGCCAAAUGGAUGAAGUCUUUGAAAAGAACCGGACUCACAGAGAGGACCCGGACUUUGUUUAUGACCUGGAGGUGGACUUUAGCAAGACGGCUAAGGAGAAGUGCAGCUGGGAUGAAGACUCUGAUGAUGGGUUUUGACUUUUUCCAUCCCAUUUUCUAUACUGCUUGUCCUCAUGGUCACGGCUGAGUUGGAACCUCAAUCAAGUGUCACAGAGGCACAACCAUUUACACUCGGAUUCACACUUACGGACAAUUUAGAGUCUCCAAUCAGCCUAACAGAAGCCGGAUUACCCGGAGGAAACCCACGCGACCACAGGGAGAACAAGCAAAAUCCACAAAGGUGUUCCAACCAUGUUUUUUUUUUUUUUUUUUAAAGAGUUAGUUUUAUUU